AUGCCGCCUUCUUCGGCAGAAGAUGUUCCAAAGGAGGAUGGUGAUCUGAAACCUACUGUCAAUGGGUUGAAGGAGCCAUCCAAGCCUAGCUCUAAGAUAUCAUUUGUUCAAGUGUUCGAUGAUGACGAAGAAGAGGAAGUACUUGUGGAGAAAAAUAAGUUUGAUAAAUUCAUAAAUUAUUUGUUCUGUCGUGGUGACUUGGCAGAUGAAACUCUCAAGGCUCGUCCGGUCCCACUAGUCGGCUUGUUCCGUUAUUGCACCAAAUUCGACAUACUCUUGUUGGCCAUAGGAAUACUCGGAGCUAUAGUCAGUGGCUUUGCACAGCCUCUCUUAUCACUUUUCUCUGGAGACGUUUUUGACAUCAUGUUGAAUGUCCCUCAUGAUGAUCCAACUUUCCGAUCUAAGGGAUUUCUAUACGUUUACCUGUAUAUUGGCUUAGGAUUAUUCAUUUUGGUCGUCAACUUCAUUCAAUUCUGCUGUUUCCAACAUGUCUGCUGUCGGUUGGUGGCUCAGAUUCGUCAUAACUAUAUGAAGAGUAUACUGAGACAGAACGCAGGAUGGUUUGAUAAGAAUCACUGUGGUGUUCUGACAACUCAGCUUAACGAUAACAUCGAGAGAAUCCGUGAAGGAAUUGGUGACAAAUUGGGAAUGUUGAUUAGAGGAUUUGCCAUGUUUACAGCUGCAUUGAUAGUAGCUUUUAUGUAUGACUGGAGAAUAGCUUUAUUCAUGAGUCCUGUAGCUGUCCUCAGCUGUGGUUGUAUGAGUUUGAUGAGUAGAAAAAUGGCUGAGGCUACUUCCAAAGAAUUGGCUGAUGUGGGUAGUGCUGGAGCCAUAGCAGAAGAAGCCAUUAUGGGCAUUCGUACAGUGCAAGCUUUCAAUGGGCAGGAAGAAAUGAUUGGAAGAUAUCGUGAUGCCCUAUCAAAGGGAAAGAAGCAUGCUAUGACGAAAAGUUUCUGGAGUGGUUUCUUAGGAGGAGUCUUCUACGUCAUCCUUUUCCUGUUUAUGGGAUCUGGCUUGCUAUUGGGAGGAUACUUAUACCGUAUAGGGACUAUAGACAAUCCAGGAAAUGUUAUAACAGCUGUGUUAUCAAUGAUGAUUGGUGCAUACUUUUUGGGACUCAUUUCACCUCAUCUGAUGGUUCUAUUGAACGCUCGCGUAGCAGCAGCCAUAAUCUACCAAACAAUUGACAGAAAACCCAGAAUUGAUGUAUACUCAAAGUCUGGAACAAAGCCGAAUGAACUCACGGGAGACAUCGAAUUCAUUGAUGUUCAUUUCCGGUAUCCUACUCGUCGAGAUGUAAAGGUUUUGGACGGAAUAAAUUUGCGCAUAGAAAAGGGACAAACAGUCGCAUUGGUAGGUCAUAGUGGUUGUGGAAAAUCAACGACUAUUGGACUUUUAACUCGUCUCUAUGAAGCCGAAUCAGGCCAAACUCUGAUAGAUGGAAUAGAUGUUAGAGACUUAAAUAUUGAAUGGCUUAGAAACAAAAUAGGAAUAGUACAACAAGAACCAAACUUGUUCAAUGACACCAUAUCUGAAAACCUAAGAAUUGGAUACCCUCACUUAACCGAAAAAGAAAUGGUCAGAAUUUGCAAAAUGGCCAAUGCCCACGACUUCAUUAUGAAGCUUCCUAAGGGCUACAACACGGUUAUUGGUGAUGGAGGAGUUCAAUUAUCUGGUGGUCAAAAACAACGAAUUGCUAUUGCACGAACUUUAGCUAGAAAUCCGAAAAUAUUACUUCUGGACGAAGCAACAUCCGCUUUAGAUGCACAAUCAGAGAGCAUCGUUCAAGAAGCCUUAGAUAAAGCUGCAGCUGGAAGGACGACAAUCAUCAUAGCACAUCGUCUCUCCACUAUCCGAAAUGCAGAUAAAAUAGUUGUUUUUGAAAAAGGAAACAUCCUGGAACAAGGAAGUCAUUCUGAGCUGAUUGAAGCUGAUGGACGAUACGCUCAAUUGGUCAAAGCUCAGCAGUUUAAUAAAGAAGAAGAAAAGUCGAAAGAUGAGGAGAUUUCUUUAGAUGAUGAGGAGCCAAUGCUAAAAACUCCUCAAACCGGACGCUUAAGUCGACAAGUAUCGGAAUCGUCCAACUUUGGUCCCGAAGAAUUUGUGAGGGCAACAGAAGAUAACGAUAGCUUUGUCCGAAGUAGUUACCGCAUGUCUAGUACUGGUGCUGCUGGUGUUGACGGUGAAGUUUUUGCUGAAAAAGUUCGCGUUCAGAUGGAAACGGAUGAGAAAGUUGAAGCUGGUCUAUUUACAAUCUACCGUUAUGGACAUGGAAAUUACAUAAAGAUGAUAAUUGCAUUCAGUUUCGCAAUAAUUCGCGGACUGGAAAUGCCGAUUCUAUCAAUUGUGUUUGGCUGGGUCUAUAGCGCAUUCGAAUGGGCUGAUGUCGAUAAUUGGAGGUUACAACAUGAGCUUGUCUUAUGUCUAAUAGCAUUCACUGUAAUUGGAUUAGCUACCUGUACAUUCCAUGCUCUAUCGUCCAUGCUAUUCGGCAGCAUUUCUGAGAAUAUGACAUUGAAGUUCAGGCUAUUAUCGUUUGGAAAUAUUUUGCAUCAGGACGCCGCCUAUUUUGAUAAUCCUCAACAUGCACCUGGUCGUUUGAUAACACGAUUAGCUUCAGAUGCUCCAAACACAAAAGCUGUAAUUGAUGGUCGAAUGAUGUACGUCGUCUUCAAUGUGACGGCAUGGAGUAUCUGUUUGGUUAUCUCGCUGCUAUCAUGCUGGGCAGUAGGCUUAUUGGCUGUCGUAUUGAGCUUAUGUCUGGGAGUCAUUAUGAUCAUACUGGCUCGAACAAUCCAUAUGCGUAAUGUGAAAUUGAUGAGGAAAAAUCCAGCGGGCAAAUUUUCGAUUGAAAUAAUUGAGAAUGUAAGAACAAUCCAAUUAAUUACUCGUGAAAAUUACUUUUUUGGAAAAUAUCAAACAGCAUCCAAAAGUCAAAAACGAGAUGAAAUGUUCAAAGGAUAUUUCGAAGCUAUCAACUAUAGUAUUACUCAAUCAUUCAUCUUCUUUGCUUUGGGAUGUGCAUAUGCUUUAGGCAUUCAUAUUGUUUCAAUGGAUUUGUAUCCAACUGAUAGUGUCUAUCGAGCUAUACUAGCAACUAUGCUUUCCUGUUUAGGAAUUAUGAAUUGCACUUCAUUCUUCCCAGAGUUUGUUAAAGCCAAAACAGCUUCGGGAAUGUUAUUCAAUACAAUCACACGCAAAUCAGCUACGGGAGAUCAUAAGACAGGAGAGAAAUUGAAAUUACGUGGAAAUAUAUUAUUCCAAGAUGUGCAUUUCGUUUAUCCACAACGUCCACAUCAAGCUGUCAUGAGAGGCUUAACAUUCACUGCUCGUAAAGGACAAACUGUAGCUUUAGUGGGACCAUCGGGAUCAGGAAAGAGUACAGUAAUCUCAAUGAUAGAACGUUUCUACGAUACAAUUGCUGGAGCUGUGAGAGUCGAUGGAAAUGACAUUAAGAAGUUGUCAUUGCAUCAUUUGCGUACACAGGUAGCUCUUGUCGGUCAAGAACCGAGAUUAUUCGCUGGAACAAUUCGAGACAACAUCAAAUUCGGAAUGGAAGAUGUGUCAGAGGACCAAAUACGAUUAGCGCUUGAGACGGCAAAUGCCAGCAAUUUCGUCAAUUCCAUGCCACAAGGCUUGGAUACAGAGGUUGGAGAAAAAGGAACACAGUUAUCAGGAGGUCAGAAGCAGAGAAUAGCCAUUGCGCGUGCAAUAGUCCGUGAUCCCGCUGUUCUCCUAUUGGAUGAGGCGACAAGUGCAUUAGACUCGGAGAGCGAACGUGCUGUGCAACAAGCAUUAGACAAAGCCAGAGAAGGAAGAACGUGCAUAACGAUUGCUCAUCGCUUGUCAAGUAUACAAAAUGCUGAUCUCAUAAUUUAUGUUGAAAAUGGUAGAGUAAGAGAAAGUGGAACACAUUCCCAAUUGCUAUCAAAACGAGGAAAAUAUUAUGAACUCAUUCAAAAACAAGAUUUAAGCUCAUGA